AGGAAGUACUAACAGCUAGAGAAUAAAAUAAAAUAAAGCCUUACAAAAAGCAGAAAAAAGAGACUUGUUUUCUUUUCCUUACGGCUUCUGCAAAGCCAGCAUCUUUCCUUUCCCUUACCUUUUUCUUUCUAGUGUUCUUCUUUUGGUUCCACCCAUCAUUCUUUUUUUGUUUUUUUAUUUUUAAGUUAUUCUAUCCCUUGUUCCGACCAAAGAAGAUUCUCCUGUAGAUCAAUUCUAUCAGAUUUCCAAUUUUCAACCCUGAAAAAGCCUAAAAAAUUUCCUUGAUUUUCAUUCAGGAAUUUUCCCUCCCUCCUAUUUUCUGGGUUUCAUUGAUAAACCCCUCUCACCCCCAAUUUUUUUUUUUAAAAGUUCAUUCUCUCUCUCUAGUACAUACCUCACUUUUUUCUUCUUCUUAAUUUUCAAUAUUUUUGAGCUUCAAAAGCCUUUGAAUUGGACAGUUCCCUGGUCUCAAGUUUUGAACUGGUGAAAUCUCUCCUCAUCCUUCUUCUUCCUUUUUUUCUUCUUCAAUUCCUCCAAACGGUCCUUCCUCUCUCUAGUACACAGCUCACUUUUUUGUCUUUUCAAUUUUCCUAAUUCUCUAUAUCUGAGCUUCAAAACUCAAAAUCCUCUGAAUUUGGCACUUCCCUAAUCUCAAACUUCACUUUUCCUCCUCCUCCUCCUUGUUCUUAUUACUACAAUUCUUGUAGCUGAUUUGAUGGGAAUCUGCCAUGGAAAACCCAUUGAAACCCAACAAAGUCAAAGAGAGACCAACACCCCAUCAGAAUUCCCAAGUGAACUCCAAACUCCCACAAAAACCCCCAAAUCCUCAUCAAAAUUCCCAUUCUACAGCCCAAGCCCCCUUCCCAGCUGGUUCAAAAACUCCCCUUCCUCAAACUCAAACCCUAGCAGCGUCAGCUCAACACCCUUGCGGAUCUUCAAGCGCCCCUUCCCUCCGCCCUCUCCGGCCAAGCACAUUCGCGCGCUGCUCGCCCGCCGCCACGGUUCCGUCAAGCCGAACGAAGCCUCCAUACCGGAGGCCAGCGAGUGUGAGCUCGGCCUCGACAAGAGCUUUGGCUUUGCUAAGCAGUUUUCGGCUCAUUAUGAGCUCAGUGACGAAGUCGGCCGGGGGCAUUUUGGGUAUACCUGCUCCGCUAAAGGCAAGAAAGGGGCGUUCAAGGGCUUAAAUGUUGCUGUCAAAGUCAUUCCUAAAGCCAAGAUGACCACAGCAAUUGCUAUAGAGGAUGUAAGGAGAGAAGUGAAGAUAUUGAGGGCUUUAACAGGACAUAAGAAUCUGGUGCAAUUCUAUGAAGCCUAUGAAGAUGAUGACAAUGUUUAUAUAGUUAUGGAGUUGUGCAAAGGAGGGGAAUUGCUAGAUAGGAUUCUUUCCAGGGGUGGAAAGUACUCAGAAGAGGAUGCCAGAGUAGUUAUGAUCCAAAUAUUGAGUGUGGUAGCUUUUUGUCAUCUGCAGGGUGUUGUUCACCGUGAUCUCAAGCCAGAGAAUUUUCUUUUCACUUCUAAGGAUGACAAGUCCACGCUGAAGGCCAUUGAUUUUGGGUUGUCUGACUAUGUAAAGCCAGAUGAGAGGUUGAAUGAUAUUGUGGGAAGUGCUUAUUAUGUAGCUCCAGAAGUUUUGCAUAGAUCUUAUGGGACAGAGGCAGAUAUGUGGAGCAUUGGUGUAAUUGCUUAUAUUCUUUUAUGCGGAAGCCGUCCCUUUUGGGCCCGGACAGAAUCUGGUAUAUUUCGGGCUGUACUGAAGGCAGAUCCAAGUUUUGAUGAGGCUCCUUGGCCUUCUUUAUCGGUUGAUGCCAAAGAUUUUGUAAAGAGGUUGUUGAAUAAGGAUUAUCGUAAAAGAUUGACUGCGGCUCAGGCACUAAGUCAUCCAUGGCUGGUGAAUCAUCAUGAUGAUAUGAGGAUACCUUUGGAUAUGAUAAUCCACAAGCUUGUUAAAGCUUACAUUUGCUCGUCUUCGUUGCGCAAAUCUGCUUUACGGGCUCUUGCAAAGACAUUAACAGUAGCUCAGCUAGCUUAUCUCAGAGAUCAAUUUACUCUGUUAGGGCCAAACAAAAGUGGAUUAAUUUCUAUGCAGAACUUUAAGACGGCUGUUUUGAGGAGCUCUACAGAUGCCUCAAAGGAUUCACGGGUCUUAGAUUAUGUCAGUAUGGUUAGUUCUAUCCAAUAUAGGAAAUUAGAUUUUGAGGAGUUUUGUGCUGCUGCUAUAAGUGUGCACCAACUCGAGGGAAUGGAGACCUGGGAGCAACAUGCAAGGCAUGCCUAUGAGCUUUUUAAAAAGGAAGGAAAUAGACCAAUUAUGAUUGAAGAACUUGCCUCGGAACUUGGGCUUAGUCCAUCAGUACCUGUUCAUGUAGUACUUCAGGAUUGGAUAAGGCACUCAGAUGGAAAGCUUAGUUUCUUGGGAUUUGUCAGGCUUCUGCAUGGGGUUUCUUCCCGCGCAUUUCAGAAGGCUUGAGAGAAUGUACACACAGUUGCUAUUAUUUUUUCUUGCCCGUUACCUUUAAAUAUUUUGAUGGUACCUAAAUGCAUGAGCUAACUCCAUCAGCAGACCUCAGUGGGCUUCUGCAAGUUGAAGGCAGUGGCUGAUAGGAAUUUGUUUCUGAAGCUUUAUGCAACAUAUAUCUAUCCCACUUUUCCAAGAUUUACAAACACAACCUAUAUUCCCCACCUUGUUUCUCACUCACUUUAGUUUGGUGGUUCUGGAGUUAGAAGCUUGUACAGUUGAAAGCUAGACCAAAAAUUGUACCCACCUUGUCUUAAGGGUUUACCCCUUGUGUACCCAUGGCACCUAUCAAUAAACAUCACGUGAACUCCUUGAUAAUAGACAGAUAUGUAGCCUUUUUUUCGUAGUAUUUUGUUGCAUUUAUAUGUUAUUAUUAUUCAAGGCCACAAGGGUUGGUACUUUUUAUAUACCAUAGCAUUAUUGAGUUUUGAAUCUAUAACUUCUUGCAAACUAUGCAAAUGCAAAACCCUUUUCAUCAUAUAUGGGUGGCAUUUGGUUAAUGAUCUAUACACAAUAUCUUUAGAUGGUACCAAACUUCUAACGA